AUGAGCAACACUGCCAUUCCUUCCGCAGCACGAGCACUUGUCCAUAACCCCCAAACCCACGACCUCACCCUCCUCACACCGCCUGUUCCUACGCCCACUGGCCCAGAUGAGCAUCUUCUUGCUGUACAUGCUGUGGCCCUGACCAACGGCGAGCUUUCGUGGCCCGAGCCCGCCACAGUAUCGCCCCACGCCAUCCCCGGAUACGAGGUCUCGGGAACGGUGAUAGCGGCCCCGCCAGACUCGCCCUUCCAGCCCAGCGCGGAUGUCUAUGCACGCACUGCCUUUGACCGCCCGGGCUCGGCGCGGCCCUACUCCAUUGCCCUCACCGCUGAGCUAGGCCGCAAGCCGCAGAACCUCAGCUGGGAAGCGGCCGCGACAGUGCCCCUGAGCGCGUUGACCGCAUGGCAGGCGUUGUUUGACCAUGGUGGCCUUGCCGCGCCAGGAGACGAGUCCUCUCUCUCUCGGAACAGGUCAAAAAGGAUCUUGAUCACCGCCGCGGCCGGCGGCGUAGGGCUAUGGGCUGUGCAGCUCGCCAAGCUGGCUGGCGUCGACCACAUUGUUGGCACAUGUGGAUCGACAAACGCGGGCUUUGUCCUGGGGCUUGGCGCGGACGAAGUUGUGGACUAUACAGUAGUCUCAGACUUGGCCAGUUGGGUCAGCGAUAGAGGGCGUUUCGAUCUCGUACUAGACUGUGUCGGUGGCAGCACGCUAGAACAGGCCUGGUUAUGUGUGAAGGCUGAUAACGGCAUGCUGAUUAGUAUCGUUCAACCACCAGAGAUGAGGAAGCCCCAGGUCGGCAUAUCCGAUAAUGUACGAAGCCUGUUCUUCAUUGUUGAGGCGAAUGGGAGACAGCUGGAAAAGAUCACCUCGCUGAUCGAGCAAAAGAAGUGCACAACUGUGGUCGACAGCGCCUUUGCUUUCGAGGAGUUCGGAGAAGCUUUCGACAAAGUUCGUGGUGGACAUCUGCGCGGCAAAGUUGUGCUGUCUGUUGCACCGUAA